AUGGAAUCGAUGACCCCGCAAAGUAUAUCUCCGCUUUUCCUCUACGAGUCCCCCAUUGAUACUCUAUCCCACGAAGCUUUCCCAUAUCACAGCUCGGCACACCAGUUAUUCCCACCAACCGAGAAUAAUAUUUUCACUUUCCCUAAAUUCAAGCUCUUGCCUCCCGAGCUACGGGAGCAGGUCUUCAAGGAGGCUGUUCCUGAUCGCAAUUCACGAGUGGCGGAUUUCUACUUCGAAGUUUAUAUGAACCCUGGCAAGAUUUUCCUUUCAAUCAACGAUAAGAUAUCACCUGCGAGCCAUUUACUGCCGCUUUUGCAUGCAUGCAAACUCUCACGAGCGGCGGUUUAUAGCCAGUUGAAACACAUCAGAUUAUCGACACAAGAUCCGCACGGUAUUAUGCGAAAUUAUCAUGAGAAACCACCAAUUCGUCAUUUUUGGGAAAAUGAUAGACGUCUCGUCCAAACCUACAUCGAUCCUGUGAGAGACACGCUGAUGCUCAAUAUCCCAGAUCUUGUAUUGCUGAAUCAUUACGGAAGAAGCAUAGAUUUCUCCACAGUUGAGCGUCUUGCAAUUACCACAUUUCCGACUGACGUCAAUCGACUCAUCCGGCGUCGAAUGAGAAAGUAUCCCGUUCUUCUGGCCGGUCUCCCUAAAAUGUGUCCUGAUAUUAAAGUUCUUCAGGUAGUUUCAAAUUUUUCAGUCAAGGAUUUUGCAAGUUCUUACCGUUUAUGCAAAAGGAGGGGGUAUCAUAUGAUCGAUAUUGACACAGAGAUGCGGCAUGACGACUAA